AUGGUAGUUGAAUCAAAUAAUGACAGUAAUGAGAAUAGUAAAAGUUUUGAUAAUAGGGAUAACAAUAUCGAUGAUGAUAAGAAAGAAGCAUUGAUCAACCAAAACUUCUUUUUUUAUAAGCUUUGUCCUAUAAUAAAAAAGAAUAAUGAAGUUUGUAGAUUGUGUAUGAAAAGAGAAUAUGAUCAAAUUGAUUGUGUUGUAAGAAAACAAUGUGAAGACAAUUGGGUAGUAUAUUUGUUAGAUAAUAUAAAAAAUUUGGCUAGUGAACUGAAAAUUAGUAAAAUGAAAAAUGAACAAAAUCAAAGAAUAACAGAAGUAUUAAAAAGAUAUCAAGAUUUGUUUGUAUAUGAAUUAUAUAAAUUAGGUUGCAUGAUAGUUGUGCAAUAUAAAAUUUAUACUGAAAAAAUUCUUCAAUCAAGCAAUGAUUUUACUCAAUAUCUAGAGUUAAAUAUGAAUUUAUCAGCCAGGAAAUCAAGGAAUGGAAAAUUCUGGCUUAAUUUAAACAUUAAAUAG